CUUUGCUUAGAAACUCGGGUUCCCUCCAGCCAAGGCCUCACCUUUAUUAGAACUUCAUCCCCUCUAACGAUGAACGGCCCUGGACAUAUGGAGUGCUCCCAUGAAGCUCCAUACGGAGUCCAUUCCACUCGACCAUUUAUCCUAACGCCACACGCCAUUUCACAGAUUAUUCGUGAUAUUCGAGCGCCGAAUUGUCUGCUAAAUCCGCCUGAGAAAAAGCGGUUUCUCGAUACAACUGGAGUUAAUCUGGAAGCAUUCAAUCAGUCCCAUGCUGAGGAGACAAACGAAAGUCUCCUAGGAAAACUCAUCGGCCUUGUAAAAGAGUCUAUACUCAUGGGCGCUAAAGAUAGCACACCUGUCUUCUCUAUUCUUCUUGCUGCAGGAAUUGCAAUUGCUUUUCAGCGAUUGGCUGUCGACGACGACUCUAAAUUCGAUGACUGGGCUGCCGUCCACACAAACGACACCUGCCUCAAACUUCUCAAACUAAACAAUGAGCACCCCGACACCAAAUCAGCAGAAGCAGCAAUUCCAGGAGGUCGCCAUUGUGUGAACGGCGAGGGCGGGGGUACUGUUGAGAUGAUCGAUCCCAGGCCUGAAUCUGCAACACAAUUUGGCAGCCUGUCUAGCAUAUUUUGCGACCACCCAAACCUUCUUGACAAGCCUGACUGCGAUUCGAAUCGUGCGUGGGAGGAUUGGGAGGAUUGGAUCGCAAAGCUAGAACACCCACGCCCUACAGCUCUACGAGUCUCCCGCCCUUAAUCCGUCCAAAAGGAUACCUCUGCGAGGCGGUCGGGAUACCUUGGCGGGCGGAAUCUGUGGUGAAAAUGGCAUGACAGUGGUUAAUGGACGGUUUAUGCAGUUGCCUUCCAAAUGGUUGACGUGUAAAAAUCGACGGUGAUUGGGAGUGGCGUUGAAGCUAAACCCAGAAAGGUACUAGGAAAAAGAAAAACGAGAAUGUGGGG